GGUCUACUUCCGUCAUUACGGUAACGGCUCUGCUCGAGCUGGAUUGUGGUUUGCUGAACUGUAUCUCAGGGCGAUGUGGAGGAUUCGCGGAUAAACAGCGGGUUUAGAGCUGGAAGUUCGCGCCUAGUGUAGUGCCUACCUCAUCCUGCCAGCCAUGGCCGCCAAACCCCACCCCCCGCUUAUGAAGAAGCACAGUCAGACUGAUCUGGUGAGCCGCCUCAAGACCCGCAAAGUCCUGGGAGUUGGGGGUGAGGAUGAUGAUGGAGAAGUGCACAGAUCAAAGAUCAGUCAGAUGCUGGGCAACGAAAUCAAAUUUUCAGUGCGUGAGCCGGUAGGCCUCAGACUGUGGCUCCUCGUCUCCGCGGUCCUGUUCACGUCCUCUGCUUUAGUGGCCCUGACUUUCCCCAACCAACUCUACGAGGUCAUCUUUGAGCUCACCACCACCCGGAUCUCCAUCAGACUGUACGGAGGAGCUCUUUUAAGUAUCUCGUUAAUCCUGUGGAACGGCCUCUACACCGCUGAGAAGGUCAUCAUCCAGUGGACUCUCCUGACCGAGGCCUGCUACUUCGGAGUUCAGUUCCUAGUGACGGCGGUGUCUCUGCUGGAGAUGGGCAUGCUGUCCAACGGCGCUGCGCUCCUCCUCCUCAGUGAAAUCUUCUUCCUCUUCAUCACGGUAUCUUACUACUACCAGCUCGGCCGCCGGGCCAAGAAGAUCUGAGGCGGUGCGGCUGAUCCUCGAUUGAGCCGUUCUGCUCUGCAGAUAAGCGAGAUAAGCGUGAUAACUGACUCCACACAACUAAUUCCAUUUUACACACAGUAACUCUUCUGUCUGGACCAAACGAAUCCGAGCGUGUAGAGCCGGGAGUGUGUACAGCUCGCCUGCGCAGCACGCUGGGCUCUGUGGUGAGUGUAUAAUAAAGAAGAGCAUUGAGGUAAUCUGUGGAGGAGGAGUCUGGGGGUCUGGGGAGGAGGUUUCUGGUCAUGUGAUGAUGAUGGUGAUGAUGUUCUGAUGUUUUGCUCUGUGAUUCUCUUUGGUCACGUUUGUGCACUGGCCCUGAGUUUAAGGGAUUUAUUUAAGAGUGCAGAUUACGCCUCACUAGAUGUAGAUGGAUGACAAUUUGAUUUAAAUUGAUAUAAAUAAUGAUAAAUGUGGUAUUUUCCAAUAUCUGAUGAUAUGUGUAUUCAUUCUUCUAAUAGUCUGUUGCUAGAGAUACAUUCACACAGCAGGUAAAAGUGUCCCAAAUCGUAGUUUUUUUUUUAGUGUAGCUGUUUAUGUGCUAAAGAGCAGCGCUUCACAGGAAGUUUUGGUUUCAUUAUAUAAAGUUUUCAGAUUUACAUGAGCUAUCAACUAGUGGCUGCAGCAGGGCUUGAUAUUGCAGCUGCACCCUUCUGUUGCUGAAACCCUUACUCAUUGCUGUCAUCCAUUUUCCUAUCUAAUACUCAUUAUUUCAUUUCGCUUGACGUAAAUCACAGGAGCUAUCAAGGAGUUCCAGUGGCAGCAAGUGGGCUUAUUACUGAAAUUGUAUUCCAGCUUGGUGUAAAAGAAUUACACAUUAUUUGGCAACACCCACAUCUAUGUCCUUGGUUUCCUGUGGCCACAUUCUUUAAACAUGUAUCAUUAAUGUGAUCUAUAUCCUCCUGUUGCACAUACUCUAAACAAGAAAGGGAUACGUUCUUCAGUCAGUGCACCCAAACCUUUUUUUUUUUUGCAUUAUUUUUUUUGUUCCUUGUGUUUAUUUAAUAAAAAAGCAGCUUGAGUUUGCUAGUUAGGAAAGAUGUAGACAGAAGAAAAUCAAUAUGUUUAUUCUGAUGCUUCGUCCUGUAACAGGGAUGAAUGUUUUUCCACCUGUUUUAUGGAUUUAUUUUUUUAUUAUCUUAACAUUUGAAAAUAAAUUACUUCAAAUGUAGUUUGAACAGUGACAUCCAUCUAGAAAUACUAUUAUGAGGUCUGUUAUCUCAUUAUCCUUCCACUGAAUCCCUUACUCACUGCUGUCGUCCAUUUUCCUUCUCCUCAGACAAAGUUGAGUUGGAUUGAGAUCAGAUUUGGGCGGCUUUUACCUGCUGUGUGAACAUAAUGCCUACAUUUGGAUUAUAUCUGUUCUUACAGUCAAAUAAAGUACAUUUACAUUAGUUUUAUUAUAAAAUGUUUGCAAAUGUUGCAAUGGUAUUAUUAUUAUUAUUAUUAUUAUUAUUAUAAUUCGUACUCCAUGUUUCCCUGAUGACAAGAAGUCUAAAUAGGUAUAGUAAAGAAAAAAAAAACAAUGCACUGAAUUUUCUUAAUUUAAAUGUGUGCAUCAUUUUAUUAUUAAAAAUAUAUAUAUUACAGCAACACUGUUUUUCUGUUUUGUUAAAAUAAAAAAAAGGUUUAAUAUGAAAACUUUGUUAUGUUUUACUUUUUUAAACAGUGUCAAGUAGUAAUAAUACAUUUUCCCAUCUACAAAAAAUGGCAGUGUGCCAAGUCCUGCUGGAAAAUGAAAUCCAUCACUGAUCAUCAGUAAAUUUUAUGUUUCAUUUGUAAAUCAAGGGAUCAGAGUCUGGAGGAAGAGUGGAGAGACACACAGUCCAAACUGCUCGAGAUCUAGUGUGAAGUAUCCACCAAUCAGUGAUGGUUUGGAAAGACAUGUCAUCUGCUGGUGUUGAUCCACUGUGUUUUAUUAUCAAGUGUAAAGUCAGUGCAGUUUUGUUUUCACACAAAAUCUUACAGCACUUCAUAUCUUACAGCUUCCCUCUGCUACUGACAACUUUUAUAGAGAUGCAGAUUUCAUUUUCCAGCAGCACUUGGAACACUGCCCACACUGCUAAAAGUACUAAAUAAGGUGUUAUAUAAUAUUCAAAUUUUCUGAGACACUGAUUUUUGGGUUUUUAUUGGCUGUGAGCUUCAUAAUCAUCAACAAUAAAAUAAAAAACACUUAAAAUAGACCACUCUGUGUUUAAUACACCUAUAUAAUAUAUGAGUAUUAUAUAUUUUGUAAUAUAUAUAUAUUAUCAUAUUUUGAAAUGAAUUAUUGAAAUAAAGCAACUUUUCAAUGAUAUUGUAAUUUUUUGAGAUGCACUAGUAUAUUUUUUAUCUGGAAAUUAUGUACACAUUUAAAAUAAGAAUAAUCAAUGCGUUACUUAUUUAGUGUAUAAUCUUUAAUAACACACUGUCAACACUAGAGGGUGGGAAUCGCAGGGCAUCUUAUGAUAUCAUCACCUUCCUUAAAUAAUUGCCCAUGUAAUUUUUUUGCCAUAAUUUAUUUGUUUGCAUUGAUACUCUUCCUCUUUAGGAUAACGAUCUAUGUGGAGACUUUAAUUAAUCUGAUUUAUUAUUUCUAAUCAAAAAUAAAAUGUGAUCUAGGCAAUUUUAACAGGUUUUCAAUACUGAGCUACCUUCACUAAACUAAUCUCCACCAUUCAGUUCUCGUCCCUAAUCAGAGAAUUAUGAGUAUUUUACUAUAAUAUAAAGUUUUUUUCUUAUUAAUAAAGGCUAUAGGCUGUAAAUAUUGCUGAUAUCAUGAUACUGUGAUUCUGCGAUACUCAAUAUAUAUCACAAUACAAUUAUCCAAAUAAGUAAAUACUAGGGGUGUCACGAUUCUCUAAAUCCUCGAUUCGAUUUCCGAUUUUAGGGUCACGAUUCUAUUCGAUUCGAUUCUCAAUUUUCUUUUUUCUUUUUUUUUUUAUAGCGGAGAGGCUUAUUUCAAAAGGUGGGCUUGAUAUAAGUGAUGCAAAGUGAUACAAGUGAUCUGUAAUACACCACAUUAGACAUGGUAAAAAUCUAAAUAAUUUAAUUAAGAUAUAUAUGUAAUGUCAUCUAGUGGCUUCUUUUGGUAGCAGCAGUGUGCACUAUUAAAACAGCAAUGUGCAACAUAACAAAAUAUAUAAUAAAACAAUACAGGAACAGUCAUGUACAAAAUAAUAGAACAAUUAGAGCCUUAACAAACUGAACUCUAUCCUACUAUAACAGUUAAACAUGAAAAAUAAGACUCGGUCUCUGAGAAUGAGAAGUUUUUUUCUUUAAUAAAGAUAUAUUAUUAACUUUAUCUGAGAGAAAGAUGCUCCUUAAGAUACCAAAACUAUUAACAUAUUUGAGGCUAGACAAAACAACAGUUAUUUUUAUAUUUUCACGUUUUUCUUUAAGAAGAUGAGAAUGUUCACAUUCUCUGGAGAAAGGGCUGCUCUUUGAGCAGUCGCAACGUCCGCGUUGUGUACUGCGCCAUGUGCGUAGCGCGUGUGUCGAUCUCCUUUUUGACUCUGAGGUUCGAGACCAUGACAUAAUUUCGAUCGAUUUACAGAAUUUAACAACUUAACAUAACUUUAUUUUUUACCGCAGGUUUACUAACCCUAUUCAUUUGAUUGUAGCGCCACUUUAGUAACUUUAGUAAGUCUAAUUAGGGACGAGUUUUAGGAAGUUUAGAGCACAUAUAUAGUAAUAUAGAUAUUUUGUCCCACUUCUAAUCAACACAUUUGCAGGAUGUUUUCCUGAGGUUUUAAAGCACAGUCUGUGAUGAGCUCCUGAAUGGAUAGUAUUUGUAUAUGGAUUCUAUAUGAUGUAUUAAAUAUAUAUAUGUAGUAUGUGCUGAAGGCAUGGUACUAUUUUACUAUGUUCAGUGAUGAGCAUAUGCUGAUAUGCCACAUGUUAUGGGACAGGAACUAGUAUUGUCUGCGUUCCAUGACUUUUGGCAUAUCGUAUUGAAGCUAUAGAACUCACUGCACUGAGCUGUGGGAUAUGUGUAUGGUAAUGAGAUUCGUUUAUGAUGUACAGUACCAGUCAAAGUUUGGAUACACCUUAAAAUCAGUGUUUUUGAAAUUAUUAUUUAAAUAAAUAUUAUGCAUUGUAGAUUUUAAUACUAAUAUAAUAAGUCAUCCAAACUAUGAAGAAAAAUAUAUAGAAUUAUGUGUUCAAAAUCCAAAAAAGUGUUAAAAACAAAUCAAAAAUGAUUUAUAUUUUACAUUCUUUAAAGUAUGUAAAGCAAAGCAUAUUAGAAACGCUAUGGUGAAACUGGCACUCAUCAGGACCGCGAGAGUUACCAGCCUAUGAAACCACAAGAUAAGAGCCACCUAAAAUUUUUAAGUUACUAAAUGAUUCCUUAUGUGCUCCUUCAUAGUCUGGAUGACUUGAGUAUUCAUUUCAAAUGUAGGGAAACAAAGCCUUGCCAUGAGCACGUGGCCAGUGUUCAGCCUCACAUUUAUAAGACAAUGCCUCACAGCUUAUACAGGUGUAAGCAUUCCCAAGCCACUCCGUCCCAAUAGGUAACACAUUACGUCCAAUUUAAAUACUGAUGUCCCAUGAUUUUUGGCAUGUCUGUGCAUAAAUUAAUGUGUUUUUUUCCCUUUUGAGAGAUUAUAAAUCAAUAUGUUUAUUGAAGUGCUGGACGUGGGUGGUGUAUAUGAAUUAAAGUGCCCUGAUUAAUGAUU